AUCAAGCAAGCUAGGAAUGCAUUCCCACCUCGCCAUAUUGCAGACUUCUUGUGCAAUGUAUGUAUCAACUACGGCACUGACUACCUGUUCUAUUUCCCGCAUCGAAAAUUCAGAAAGAUGCUCCAUGCUUUUUACGCGGACCCAGAAAGUUGCGGAAGAUUAAACAAAGAGUUUUUGUGCAUGGCCCUUUCAUGCUUCGCAAUCGGUUCUCAAUUUGCACAUCUAGUGGACUCUCGUUUGAGUUCGAUUGAAUUCGCUUGCCUCAAAACCAUUCCUGGCAUCAAGUUCUACAAUAGCGCUCAAGCUCUUGUACCCAGCUUAAUUUGUGACCCUUCUGUGGAGUCAGCCCAGGCUUUCACCAUGCUGUCGAUAUAUGCAUUUCCAUUUGAUGCUCGUGGUGCAUCAUGGUCGUACCUCGGGCUUGCUCUGAGAACCUCCUUGUCCAUCGGAUUGCAUAAAGAUACUCUGGAUACGGAACUUUCGGAGGCUGACCGAGAAAUCCGACGUCGAACUUGGUGGAGUAUUUUUUUAACUGAACGCGUGUCAGCAAUCAAACUGGGUCUUCCAGAAGGUAUAAGUGAAGUAUCGGUUACCACGCCUCUUCCCCAGGCAUGCUGGGCACUGGAUCAAGGUCAAGUGAAUAAUAAUCUCGAGCUUCUGCUGGCAUAUAUCAGUCUAGCUAAAAUAUGGCGAGCCAUUUCUGAACCAAUCACCCCUAGGUCAGUGGAAGAAAUUCAUUACUUGAUCCGUGAGCUGGAUGCCUGGAGAUCAUCUUUGCCGGAUUCCCUCACAAUCAACGGGAUCAACAAGGAUUCAAAACUGUAUAGAGCAGUGAUUCAUAUCCAUGCGAACUACUACCAUGCCUGGAUUAUACUCUGCCGGGAACCCUUGAUUGCUUUGGUCAAAUCAAAAAUGGCAAACGCAGCCUGGGCUACUGCCUCUUCGGGUUGUUCAUCGGCAGGCACUUCACAAGCUCAGGAAUUCUCCGAUCUUUGUCUGAAUGCAGCGAGGUCCAUGCUGAGAUUGUAUGAGAUGCUUCGGAAGGAUAACAUCCUAGCUCGGUUUUCUUUUACGGAUUUUCAAGGAUGCAGCACAUCAGCCAUCAUAAUGCUUCUUUACGGAGUUGUGGAUCGGGAUGAAACUUACGAUGAUUACGUGGACUCUGCGUUCGAGGCCCUAUCGUAUAUGGGCACAGGGUGUGAUAAGGCUCAGGCUGCAGUCCAGUUCAUUCGGGGUUUCCGAGAGCUCACGGAUGAGGCAUAUAAGCGAGCCCGGAAUCUUUCGACCAAUCCAACAGUUUCAACGACACUAGAAGAUCUGGAAUUGUACGAGGAGUGGGUGGUCUCGUGUGGGGAAACAGAACGAGCACAAAAUGAUGGCGCGCUUUCUCUGGCAGCUCAUGAACAAGAACCAAAUUGUGUGCCAUUACAAGCAGAAAACGCAGCCUCGAUGGUCCUAGCCACCGACAGUACUGACAGGGGUAAUGACAUGGCUCCCGUAGGGAUUUCAGGGGCGUCUGACUGGCAGAGCGAGACAAUACACAGUACCUGGCUCUCAGGAGUGGGUAACGAUCGCGAGUCCGAAGCGUUGACGAUGGAUGAUUUAAUGAACUCGUCAAUACCGGAAAGCUUUGUCGCAGACGUAACUGGGAUCAACUUGCUCGACUUUGGAUUUUGA